CUUCGCGGCCUCCCGAGCGUCAGCCCUACGGGAGAGUGAGACGGGGGCCGGCCGCGGUCGUACGGGCGUCGGGGCUACGCUCUUUCUCUCUCGGCCAGCGGCACGGUGCUUUCCGGCUGCCGUCAAGCGCAGCAGGGGGCCGGUGGGCGAGGGCCGAGGGGCUGCCAUGGCGGCGGCACGCCGGCUGCUGGGCUCCUGGGUGUUGCUGGCGCCGCUGCUUGGGGGGCUCGCGCUGCUGGGAGUCGGGCCGGUCCCGGCGCGGGCGCUGCACAACGUCACGGCCGAGCUCUUUGGGGCCGAGGCCUGGGGCACCCUGGCAGCCUUCGGAGACCUCAACUCUGACAAGCAGACGGACCUCUUCGUGCUGCGGGAAAGAAAUGAUUUAAUCGUCUUUUUGGCAGACCAGAGCGCACCCUAUUUUAAACCCAAAGUAAAGGUAUCCUUGAAGAAUCACAGUACAUUGGUAACAAGUGUAGUCCCAGGGGAUUAUGAUGGAGAUUCACAAAUGGAUGUUCUUCUGACAUAUCUUCCCAAAAAUCAUGUCAAUGGUGAAUUAGGAGCUAUUAUCUUCUGGGGACAGAAUCAAACCUUAGAUCCUUGCAAUAUGACCAUACUCAACAGGACUUUUCAGGAUGAACCAUUAAUUAUGGACUUCAAUGCCGAUUUAAUUCCUGAUAUAUUUGGUAUCACAAAUGAAUCCAACCAGCCACAGAUACUAUUAGGAGGGAAUUUAUCAUGGCAUCCUGCAUUGACCAUUAAAAGUAAAAUGCGAAUUCCACAUUCUCAUGCAUUCAUUGAUCUGACUGAAGAUUUUACAGCAGAUUUAUUCCUCACGACAUUGUCUGCCUCUAGUACCUUCCAGUUUGAGAUAUGGAAAAAUUUGGAUGGAAAUUUCUCUCUCAGUACUGUAUUUGAAAAACCUCAAAAUAUGAUGGUAGUUGGACAGUCAGCAUUUGCCGACUUUGAUGGAGAUGGAAACAUGGAUCACUUAUUGCCAGGCUGUGAAGAUAAAAACUGCCAGAAAAGUACCAUUUACUUAGCAAGAUCCAGAACAAAGCAGUGGGUUCCUGUCCUACAGGAUUUUAGCAAUAAGGGCACACUCUGGGGCUUUGUGCCAUUUGUGCAUGAACAACGACCAACUGAAAUACCAAUUCCAAUUACCCUUCAUAUUGGAGACUACAACAUGGAUGGUUAUCCAGAUGCUCUUGCCAUACUGAAGAAUACAUCUGGAAGCAAUCAGCAGGCCUUUUUACUGGAGAAUGUCCCUUGUAAUAAUGCAAGCUGUGAGGGGGCGCGUCGUAUGUUUAAAGUCUACUGGGAGCUGAUGGACCUAAACCAAAUCAGAGAUGCAGUGGUUGCCACCUUCUUUGAUAUUUAUGAAGAUGGAAUCUUGGACAUUGUAGUACUAAGUAAAGGAUAUACAAAGAAUGAUUUUGCCAUCCAUACACUAAAAAAUAACUUUGAAGCAGAUGCUUAUUUUGUUAAAGUCAUUGUUCUUAGUGGUCUCUGUCCUAAUGAAUGUCCUCGUAAGAUAACACCCUUUGGAGUGAAUCAGCCUGGACCUUAUAUCAUGUAUACAACUGUAGAUGCAAAUGGAUAUCUGAAAAAUGGUUCGGCUGGACAACUUAGCCAGUCGGCACAUUUAGCUCUCCAACUGCCAUACAAUGUACUUGGUUUAGGUCGAAGUGCAAAUUUUCUUGAUCAUCUUUAUGUUGGUAUUCCCCGUCCAUCUGGAGAGAAGUCUAUACGAAAACAAGAAUGGACCGCAAUCAUUCCAAAUUCUCAGCUAAUUGUCAUUCCAUAUCCUCACAAUGUUCCUCGAAGCUGGAGUGCCAAACUGUAUCUUACACCAAGUAACAUUGUUCUACUUACUGCUAUAGCUCUCAUCGGAGUCUGUGUUUUCAUCUUGGCAAUAAUUGGCAUUUUACAUUGGCAGGAAAAGAAAGCAGAUGAUAGAGAAAAACGACAAGAAGCCCAUCGGUUUCAUUUUGAUGCUAUGUGACUUGCCUUUAGUAGUGCAUAAUGGAACAGCUAUUCACUUCAUUAACUGAAAUACUAAACUUGGCUUAUAGAAGAAAACAGGCGAUUUUAUUAUUUAUAAAUGAUACAUCCCUUGGUAAUUAUUGGAAAGUAUUCAAAUAAAUAUGGUCUGAAUGUGUUACAAGGUCUUUUUUUAAAGCAUUUUGUAUACAAUAAUUUGGGUUCUUUUUUCAGUUGUGCUGUACAUUUUUGUUCCUUCAUGGAAUGUGUUGCAUGUACUAAGGUGUUUACGUAUUUAUAAUCUUAUUAGAAUAAUGAUGAUGGAAAAAGACACGUGUAAAUAAAAAUAUUUAAAUGAGCAGGGUUUUUUGUUUUCCACUUGAAUCGAUCUUGUUUCUUAUUCUAACGAUGCAAAUUAUACUUCUGUGAAUGUAUCAGAGAUAAAGUUAUUAACCAUUCACCCUCAUUAUAGCAUGUGAGGGGGUCUUUCACUGAUGGUAUACAAUAUAGUGAUUGGGUACUCUGGCUUUGGAAUUGCAGUCAGACUUGCCUUAAACUCCUGGUUACACGACUUACAAGCUGUUUGAACUUGGCUAAUUGCUUAAGCCUUAGUUUUCUUGUUUAUAAACAGAGCUAAUACACUACUCGCUAGAGUUGUAUACAUUAAAUGGGAUGAUGUACACAAAGUACACAGCUUGGUGCCUAGCAUAGAGUAAAUUUUCAAUAAGUGGUAGUUGUCAUUAUUUAUUAUUAUUAAAUAAUUUUUUAUAGACUUCUACAACUAAUUAUCAAAAUAUAUUUAGACUUGAUAGGAUUUUAUUUUCAGGCAUGUAGAAAGCAUAGUCUUUGGAAAACCUAAAUUCCUGGUGUUGACACCGUAUAUAAAGAUUUAUUACUUGUUUAUCUUAACUGAAAAUUAUAUCAUAAUACCCUCCAAGAAUUAAUGUGCCCUAAUAAUUUUCAUUUGAACACUGAUUCUUAUCAUGUGGUAAUGAAAAGCAUUUGAUUUCUUGAAAGGAAACUGCUGUAGAUAGCAUCUGGGAAUGCAAAUCUUCAAUCACAUUUCUAUUCUCAAAAGCUUGUAAGAGUCUAUCAUUUACAUUCAGACUUCAAUGCAAAUUUUUGUGAACUUCCCCUUGCCAAAAAGUUACAUGUAAGAUUGGGAAAAAAGUUUAUAUAUCAGUGCUAAUAACUUCCUAAUAUGCAAAUUGAUAUAUGAUAGCUAUAAAACACAAAAACUUAUCUGAAGGCAACUAAGUUUGUUCUUCAUGUUUUUUUUCCUUACAGUUCACUGAGAAUGGCAUGUGUAUAAGUGGUUUACUUUGUGUAUCUAAGCAUGUUAAUGUGUCUUCUUAAUAAAUAUUCUGUAUUGAAACAAAGAA